UGAUUGCCGAGACCUUUCUGAGUAAACCAAGAAUGACCUUGCAACAACAUGGGCCACCUUCCUCAGCUCCUGUGGGUGCAUCCCCUCAGGCUCUUGUGUAUGUUCAACCUGUUUAAACGUUCCCUGACCUGAUCCUCUUCCACCAAGGAUGUCGUGGCACCCACAGUACCGCAGCUCCAAGUUUCGCCAUGUGUAUGGCAAAGCUGCCAGCAAGGAGAAGUGCUAUGACUGCGUGCCCAUCACCCGCAACGUCCACGACAACCACUUCUGUGCUGUGAACCCCCACUUCAUUGCGGUGGUGACCGAGUGUGCGGGUGGGGGGGCCUUCCUUGUCAUUCCCAUCCACCAGACAGGCAAGCUCGACCCACAUUAUCCCAAAAUAUGUGGGCACAAAGGGAAUGUUCUGGACAUCAAGUGGAACCCAUUCAAUGACUUUGUAAUAGCUUCGUGUUCAGAAGAUGCCACAGUUAAAAUCUGGGACAUCCCCAAGCACCUGCUGACAAGAAACAUUACCAGUCCAAAGAAGGAACUUCUUGGCCAUGUUCGAAGAGUGGGCCUCAUUGAAUGGCAUCCCACUGCUGAUAACAUCCUCUUCAGCUCUGGCUAUGACUAUAAGAUAAUGAUCUGGAACCUUGACACCAAGGAUGCUGUCAUCUCGAAUCCAGUGAAGAUCCUCGAUGCUCACAAAGAUGUAGUUCUCUCCAUGUCGUUCAACACAGAUGGUAGUCUCCUUGCCACAGCCUGCAGGGACAGAAAGAUACGUCUGAUAGACCCUCGGGCAGGAACAGUCCUACAAGAAGCAAGCUACAAGUCUCACAAAGUCAAUAAAGUCUUGUUUCUUGGAAACGUGAAAAAGCUGUUCUCUACUGGAACGUCUCAGUGGAAUAAUAGGCAAAUUGCAUUAUGGGAUCAAAAUGACCUUUCUGUGCCUUUACUGGAGGAGGAUCUGGAUGGGUCCUCAGGACUCCUGUUUCCAUUCUAUGACUCAGACACGCACAUGCUUUAUGUGGUGGGAAAGGGUGAUGGAAAUAUACGGUACUAUGAGAUAAGCCCUGAGAAACCAUACCUGAACUACCUGAUGGAAUAUCAUUCUCAUUUACCACAGAAGGGAAUUGGAAUGAUGCCAAAGAGAGGCCUUGAAGUAUCAGCUUGUGAGAUUUUCCGUUUCUACAAAUUGAUACCAACUAAAAGUCUGAUUGAGCCCAUCUCUAUGAUUGUGCCUCGACGGUCGGAGUCAUACCAGGAAGACAUCUACCCCUUGACCACAGGAGCCCAGCCAGCGCUGACAGCACAAGAGUGGCUGAACGGAGUUAACAAAGGGCCUCUCUUGGUAUCCUUGAGACCAGGCUCUGGAGAUGUGACUUCCUUACCACAGUUUCUUGAGCCAGAGCCAGUCAUGAAAACUAUGGACCAGAGCCAGCACCAGCAUCAGGGAGGAAGAAUGCCACUGGAGGACAUGCAGAAGACAAGUGAAAUCGAAGACAGGAGAAAGCAUCUGAAAAUGGAGGAGAAAUUGCCGAAAAAUGAACAAAUGUGCCUCUCCAAUGGCUUUGAUGUAUUUGAGUGUCCAUCACCAAAAACUGAAAAUGAGCUUUUGCAGAUGUUUUACCGGCAACAGGAAGAAAUCCGUAGACUACGUGAGCUAGUAAACCAGAGAGAUGUCCAAAUUAAACAGCUGGAGCUGGAGCUCAGAAACCUCUGCACGGACACAGGCAGUUACUGAGGGUGCUGGCCUUCAGAUCUUUGCACCCCUGGCAACUGGAGCAUAUUCCAGUUCAUGUGGAUAACUCCUCCUAGAGUUUUUGCUGGAGGGAAAAAUCAAUGCUUCAGGCAGCAUGGACUUCCCUGGCUUGUGGUGGUCACAUUUCCCUAAUCAUCACCAGACAGUUAUUGAUGGACUUGCUGUGCUUCUUCAGGCUCCCCCUUGCUUGCCUGCUUACUCAUGUCAGAAGCUCAUGCAUUAAUGCUAGUGAGAGACUUUGGAAAAUCUUGCUCUUCUGGUCCUGGAGAAGCCACCUGUUGAGCUCUAGGAACAACCUGUUUUGCUGCCCAUCCACAAGACAUGAAGAUGGGAGACUGAAAGCAGCUGCCAGCUUCUUUUCCUACCCCUGGACCCUGCAGUGUGGCUUCUUGUGGCCACUGUCCUACCCUGGGAGACCACUCUGCAGCUAAGCUUCAGGGGCACUUCUAGCUCCAAAGUGAUCCUCAUGCACCCCUCUUGCCUCACAGCUCGUCCCUACAGCUGGGUGGCUAGGCAAAGCCAUGGCUGCUCUGACCUGGUGCUGGGGAUAGUCCUGCUCCGAGCGGGAGGCUGCACUGGGGCUGCUAAGGGCCAGCAUUUUUGUGAUAGGUAAAGAAGAGCUGGUGUUUAGAGGUCUUACUUUAAAGGGGUGGUGGUGUGGGCUGGUUUUCACCAGAGAGGCUAGAGAUGCAGCGGAGGUUUCUGGGUCCUUUGAGUCAGUGGCCUUCUUUUGCUCCUUCUACCAAAGACCAGCCAUGGUCAGCUGGGGGCCAUGGUCCUCCGGUGCUCAUCAGACAAAUGAGGACAACAUUUAAAGCUGCACAGUGUUGCAGGGAUUUUACCAAGAGGGAUUAAAAGGAUGAGUUAGGAGUUGGAUGCCCAACCCACUGCAGACCUUUCAGCAGUGGUUCUUAGAAGUGUGGUGUCAACUGCAGGAGGAUCAUAGGACUGAUGAGUCACAAACAGCCCUCCCCAGCUGCUGGAGGAUUGCUUGUCCUUGUGCCUGCAACAGCUGCUUCCUUAGCUCCCAGGUGCCAGCACCUUGUCCCAUUCUUGCAGUCACCUACAGCUGCAGGCUCCCUUUUCCCAACUGUGUUGUCCAGCCCCUGUCUCCCCUACAGGUCCUGCAGCUACACUCAUCUCUGCCCUUCAGCACCAGCUCUCCAGCUCGCUGCCUUCCCCAGCCCUUUGCUUAGGGCAAGAGCAACUGCAGGAUGUAGGUCCCAUCCUUGGUUUAAGGGCUGGCACCUGUGGCCAGCUGUAUGCAGUCUGCCUGCAAUGUGCAGAGCUGGGCCAGCAGCAGCACCCAGGGAGUGCACAGACCUGUGCACCUCAUUGUUACCUGGCGGUCUCCUCUUUAUUUGUUCCCACAUCAGGGAGCAAGAGAGCGCACUGUCAGUUGCCCUGAGGUCUGAGCACAGCAGCAGCACCCGAGGGGGAAUGUUUUUCCUUGUCCCAAAUGCAAAGCUUAUGGAGAUGUCUUAAACCCAAGCAGAGCAAGCAACUGUUGUUUAACGUGUAGCUGCACCUCUGUUGUGACACAUGUAAGAAUGAAUACUAUGCCCUGCUAGUUCCCUGAAGCCUGAAGAUCUUAAGUCUUAAAAAAAAAA